AUGACUGAAAGUCAAGAAUCACUUUUGCUUAGUCAGGAAAUGACAUUUUCACAUAUAAAAUCAGCUUUAAUGAAAUUUAAUGCACUUUCCACGGAGGAAUGUAAUCAAGCUCAGGUGCAAACCAGAUUGUCUAUGUUAGAUGCUAAUUGGAGUAAGUUCAAAAGUUGCCAUGAUAAAAUUACACGCACCAGAUUGACUGAGGAGAUACGGAAAAACAAAUAUUUUACUGAGGAUAUUUAUGCAGCCUGCGAGGAAACGUAUGUAAAUGCCAAGUCACUAAUGCUUACAUCUCUAGAAGAGUUUCGUAGUAUCACGUCUACUGAUAAUAGCAUCAUGAAUCAGUCCAUAAAUAAUUCCUCUCAUUUACGCUCCUUACCGAAAAUUACACUACCCAAGUUUUCUGGCAGUUAUCAUGAUUGGAGGCCAUUUCAUGAUUUGUUUACAUCUAUGAUUCAUUCAAAUAGUGACUUAACAGCCGUUGAAAAGUUUUAUUAUCUAAAAAGCAGCCUCAGUGGUGAAGCACUACAAUGUAUUUCAAAUCUACCAGUCUCAUCGGAGAAUUUUGCACCAGCUUGGAAAAUCCUGUGCACGCAAUAUGAAAAUACGCGGAUGUUAAUUAAUUCUCAUUUGGAUUGCAUUUUUGAGUUGCCACGUCUUCAAAGAAAGUCUUCUUCAGAAUUGAAGAACCUUUUGGCAACUGUCAAAGAAUCACUUGGUGCUCUAGAAGCCUUAGGUUCACCAAUAGCACAGUGGGAUCACAUCAUCGUCUACAUGGUCGUGCGACGUUUGGACGCAUCAUCACAUGAAGCAUGGGAAUUAUGUCGUAGUUCAUCCAAAAAGCCAGCAACAUUUUCUGAACUGGAAAUUUUUCUCAGUGGCCGCAUUCAAGCCCUAGAAAGUGUAGAGUCUAGGGGUGGUUUAACAAAAGUUCCCAAAAAAUCAGCAGCUCACACACAUGUAUCUACAUCUGCAUAUCAAAAACGUCCUGUUGAGGUUCCAAAUAAAUUACCUUUACAAACAAAUAAUUAUUCUUGUUCUCUUUGCAGCUCAAAUCAUUAUAUUUCGAGCUGUGAUAUCUAUAAUGGUAAGACUCUUCAGCAAAAACAUGAUGUCCUCUCCUCAAAAAAUCUUUGUUACAAUUGUCUUGGUCCUCAUCGGGUUGCUCAGUGUAAAAGUUCAAAAAGCUGCAGAUACUGCAAUGGUCGUCAUCAUUCCUCAAUACAUGGUUAUCGGUUUCAAUCUGAAUCAUCUAGUUCUGAAAAUCCCACAACGAGCACAAACAAUCCACUACCAACUGCUGUCAGUAAUCAUACCACUUCCGCAGCAUUGAACUGUACGUCCAAUAUUUUGCUUGCCACAGCUUUAGUACGCAUAAAAUCGUCUCAUGGAGUUUUUUCUAACGCUCGAGCUCUGCUCGAUCAAGGUUCUGAGGUAACACUUAUCAGUGAAGAAUUAGUUAAGAAACUUCAUCUAAAAAGACAUAAGGGAAACUUAAACUUAAUUGGCGUCGGUGCUCUUCAAUCUGGUGCGACCAAAGGUUUGGUACAUUUCACGCUGUAUCCACAUUUUGAAUCGAGCUUUCAAUGUACCGUAUCUGCAUACGUUUUGACAAAACUAACUACUCAAUUACCAUCGUGCACAGUUAAGCUUAACAAUACCACGUAUCUUAAGAAUAUCCAACUUGCAGAUCCAAAUUUUAUGGUCACUAGUAAAAUUGAUCUUAUAAUUGGCGCUGACUUAUAUGGUUAUCUUUUGGAAGGGGAAAUUAUCAAGGGAACUAUAAAUACUCCUGUUGCUCAACUCACAUCUCUCGGGUGGAUAUUAUCUGGCGGCGUCCAUAAUCUGGAAUCCAAUGCAAAAUCGUCUCAUUCAGUUCAAGUAUUCCAAUGUCGUGUAGAUCAUAACCUCGAUGAGUUGUUACAACGUUUUUGGACGCAAGAAGAAGGAAAAACCAAAUCAUCUAUUUUGUCUCCGGAAGAGAAAGAAUGUGAGGCCCACUUUCAAGCCACCUACCGGAGAGACUCAUCAGGCAGAUAUAUUGUCAGAUUGCCGUUCAAAAGUUCACCUAAUACUCUUGGCGAUUCUCGUAAAGAAGCAGAACGAAUGCUUGCAAAGUUGUAUCAGAAAUCAGAAUCUAAUCCUCAGUUUUUUAAACUCUACUCAGAUUUUCUUAAGGAAUAUGAAUCUUUGGGUCACAUGGUUCCAUCAUCUCAGGCUACAAUUCCUACAACAGAAUACUUUCUUCCACAUCAUGGAGUUCUUAGGGAGUCUAGUACAACAACUAAACUGAGAGUUGUAUUUAAUGGAUCAUGCAAGACAAGCAGCGGUCUCUCAUUAAACGAUAUUUUACACACUGGGCCCAAGCUUCAGUUAGAGAUUUCUGAUGUGAUCACAAGAUGGCGUCAAUAUCGGUAUGUUUUUUUCAGCCGAUAUUGA